GAGCCUAAAAUGAAGGUGCCGGAGGAGGAAUUAAUGGGCGACAUUUUGAAGCGUCUAACCGGCGAGUCUGCCCUCCCUGUUUACAGCAACAUAGAGAAGUUCAAACGGGGCAGGGAUGGCGUCUAUGCAGUGGCCGAGGACUUUCAUGAAACGGUGAAAAAACGAGAACUUGUCAACGCCAAAGAGCGACAAAGAAUCAAGAACCUGAACAUGAUGUUUUCCCGCCUGAAACGCAUAGUUCCACUUAUGCGUCCAGACCGUAAGCCCAGCAAAGUGGAUACGCUGAAAGCAGCGACGGAGUAUAUUCGAUUGCUUGUAGCAGUUUUGCAGGACACUGACAGUGAUGAUGGCAGUGGGACUGAUUUCCUAAAGAAUGCAAUCACUCACGGUCAGACUGAAGGCUUGGGCAGUGACCUAUGGAGAGUUGAUGAUUUUCUGAACAUGACAGAUGAGCACAUGGAAGAUGGAUUCCACAUGAUGGCGGAACCAGGAUCAGAGGAUGGAGAUGUGACCAGACUAGUGCUGCAGCACUGUGUGAUGCCUGCAUACCAGUUCAUCAUCAAAGUAUCGCCAGAUCAGACUUCGGUAACUCAUUUAACUUGUACAAUAUAA